GGGCUGUCCUGAUUGAAUAGAGCUGGGAGGAAAUCUCACUGGGAGAUUGUCUGACUGUGUCCUGUUCUGCAACAAAGGAGGAGAAGUGGGAACACAAUGAAUCUGGAAAAACUCAGCAAACCGGAACUGCUGAAACUGCUGAGCAUCCUCGAAGGGGAACUCGAAGCAAGAGACCUUGUGAUUGAAGCAAUAAAGGCUCAGCAUAAAGAUCGAUUUAUCGAGGAACGUUAUGGGAAAUUCAAUAUCAGUGACCCCAUGCUUGCACUGCAGAGGGAUUAUGAGAUACUAAAGGAAGAAAAUCAUGGCCAGAAGCCUCCAGUCUGUUCCAACCCUCUGUACAUCCUGAAGGAGGUGAUGAAGCAGUGCAAGAAUAUGCAGGAGAGGAUGCUGGGUCAGCUGGCAGCAGCAGAAAGCAGACACAGGAAGGUUAUUCUGGACCUGGAAGAAGAACGAAGAAGACAUGCACAGGAUGCAGCCGAUGGAGAUGAUGUCACCUACAUGCUGGAGAAGGAGAGGGAAAGACUUGCACAGCAGUUGGAAUUUGAGAAGUCACAAGUGAAGAAACUUGAAAAAGAACAGAAGAAAAUUUCUACCCAGUUGGAGGAAGAGAAGUCUCAACACAAGCACCUGUCCACCAUGUUAAUGAAAGAAUACACAAAGGCAACAAACAGAGCAAUGGAAGAAGGCCAAAAAGUAGAGGAUGUCAGCCUGAAGCUGGAGAAGGUAAAAAGCAGAGUGACCCAACUGGAGGAAGAGCUUGCUCUGGAGAAGAAACGUAGCCUUCAGAUGGAAGCCCAGGUGGAGAAGCAACUUUCAGAAUUUGAUAUAGAGAGAGAGCAGUUGAAAGCCAAACUGAACCGUGAAGAAAAUCGCACCAAAACUCUAAAGGAUGAGUUAGAAUCAUUGAAGAGACUUGUGGAGGAGCUGAAAUCUGCUUGCCCUACUAGUGAACCUCUUGCUAAGAUCAAUCCAGAGAUGAUAUCCAUCAGUGUAACAACAGAAAAGCCUGAAGUUAUAUCUGUGGCUUGCCAAACAGAAGGCAUCCAGCAAGAGAAAAAUAAUGUGGAUUGUUCCACAAAAGCUCACAACUCCUUGCCAACCACAUCUAAGAUUCCCCAGCCAUAUUCCAAAAUAAACGGACACUGUAAUACAAGUGCACAGAGUAGUGAGCACAUUUUAAAGUUAAAUGUAGGGGAAAAUCAGAAAGAGAAGCUAGCAGGGCAAGACAGCUCGUCUGAAAAUGGAAGUUCACCUGUCAGAGUUGAAUCUCCACUACAUAUGAUAACACACAUUCCAUCUAGUGGUGCUUCCUCUUCACCCAGCAGUACAGCAGCCUCCUCAUUAACUUCCUCUCCAUGCUCUUCUCCAGUGCUGUCCAGGAGAUUGAUUGGUGCCACAGCCAGCAGCCCUGGUUAUCAAUCAUCAUACCAAGUAGGCAUAAACCAACGUUUUCACGCAGCUCGCCACAAGUUUCAGUCUCAGGCUGAGCAUGACCAGCAUGUUUCUGGCCUACAAAGCCCUCCUUCCAGGGAUUUGUCACCAACAUUGGCAGAUAACUUGGCAGCAAAACAACUUGCCCGUAAUACUGUCACUCAAGUUCUGUCUCGUUUCACCAGUCAGCAAACUUCUAGCAAAUCUGUGCCUCCCAAUAGUUCCCCCUUUGGCACAGACUACAGAACCCUUGCAAAUACCUCCAGCCAGAAGAACGAUGGAAGUCACUCUCCAAACCCCAUUAAAGUCUCCAGCCCUCUCAGCCCUGUUUCUCCUGGGAUCAAAUCUCCUACUAUAUCUAGAGUAGAAAGAGGAAACCCCCCACCCAUCCCUCCAAAGAAACCAGGGCUAGCCCAGUCCCCAGCCUCACCAAUACCACCAGCCAAAGCUCUCAAUCAACCUUUGGGUACUUCAGUGGACAUAUCCAGUAGUUACUGUUCAAACAAUGGUUCCCUUACAAAUGGGAAAGAGAUUGAAAUAAUGAUGCCAUCUGGUAGCUAGUGAUACACCAGCAUUUUGUAGCUGCAUUUCAAGACUAAAGCAUACAGCUGAAACAGUCUUUUCCAUGCCUAGAUACUUUACACAGUUAAGGUGAUCAAACAUACAUGUUAUUUAUUUUGGUAGUAGAGAAAAUUGUGUAAUAUUUGUAUUUUAUAUAUUCUUUGCCUUCUUUAAUCGAAGUGUAUUUUUUUUUUUUCUCUGCAACCGUUUCCUCUAACCAUUCAGUUAACUCUGAAUAUAAUAUUCAGUCUUCAUGUGUAGAGACGCAAUAGGCAUUGAGUUACUCUCCAUGUAAACACUGAUAUGCAUGCAAGGGCCAAUAUAAAAGUGAUUGAGAGGUAGAAUGCAAACGUGUAAGGAACCUGCCAAUAAUGUGUAGGAUUUUCGGUGUCAAGGUUAGAGGUUAUUUUGUGUUGACUCCCAAAAUCUAUGGAACCAUCUAUCAAGCAGUUCUGAUUGCUGCUUUAAAAAUGGCUUAUUUUGUGUGUCCACUUGCUUGGUUCAUGAAAAUUUAUAUUUUUUUCAUUUAUAAUGUGCAGUAUUGACAUUUUGGAAGUUAUUAAGAUGUGCACAAUUUGUCUAAAAUGAGACAUACAGGUGGGUUAAACAACUAGUGAAACAUAUAGUACAUAGAUAUGACAGUUAUCUGCUAUGCUCAUUCUAAAAGGAAAGGACAAUGUUAUGUCUGCACUUGAAAAAAAUGUAUGACAAUGUUGCAUUGUAACAUAAUUACUCUAGAAUUUAUGCUUUCAAGCAUGUCCUGUCUAACUCUUGCGCUAUUAGAGUCCACUUAUUUUAUUUAUGUCUAAUAUUAAGCACAGAUCAAAAGUGUUACAUUGCACUUUGAGGGAAAUCUUAUUGCAAUCUGAGAUCUGGAGUGAGCUAUUGAUGAUGUUUAAAAACUUUACAUCUUUUUCUUAUGCAUUAUUUUUAAAAGGGACGAACACAGUAAGUGAUUUUCUCUCCAUUACUGUUCUACUCAAUCUGUCAGCACCAGUUUAAUUAUAAUGAAUGUGGUCCAGUCACUGUCCACUAGGUGACUUUGUUGACUCACAUGUAAACAGCAAAAUUCACUCCAUACUAUCACUGGUUGGAAGUGUGAGAUGCACAUAUUAUAUGUACAUUGUUUCCAAAUUGCCUCGCUCUUAGACAAAAACAACCUCUAAAACCUUUUAACGUUGGGAUAACAGAGUUUGACAUGCAUCUUAGUUUUAUUAUCUAGUCUUCUGCCUAGAUGGGACCUUCUAAUCCAGUUGAAGCUCAUCUAAUCAGGCCAAUCAAGUUACAAAGGUAAAAGGUAGGCCGACUCCUGGACUGUAAACUUUGUUGUUGCUUUUUUACUAGAUUUCCUUAUAUAAGGAUCUCUGUGAAUAAUGAAGUUUGGGAAGAAAUGGGCUUUGUUGUCACCAUGUAAAGUGCAAAGUAAUGGAGGCGGGUUAUACAUUUUUGAAUGACUUAAACGAUUGGAUGGACCAUUUAUCUGUCUAUACCUGACAGCCAUGUUUAAAGCACAAUAAAUUUAAAUGGUAGUUAAUAGAAAUGUUUCAUGACAAGCCAGGCAUGUGUUGCUCUGUGAAAAGUUACUUUGUCUAUUGGCACAUCCAGUCAUGGGAGUAUUUAAAGGCGGUACAAUUUAUUCUCCCCCUGCGAUUUUUGUAUCAUCUGUGCAAUAUCCAGUACCUGAUGUAAGUUAAUUUCUUUUUUUUAAAGUGCCUUAAAAAAAUAGCAAUGGUUCUUAUGAACCAUUUUAUGAUGAAUUUGUAACCGAAUCAAAGUUAGAAACAGUGAGCAAUGCAUUUUCUUUUACUUUCAAAAGUAGCUCUUUGUUUUUAUUAGCUAGAAAGUGUAUAUCGGAUGUGGAGACAUAUUGUAAAUAAAAAUGAGCACUAAGUUAACUCUUAUAUAGAUGAUGAAUGAUCAUACGCAAAAUGAACUCUUAAGUACUGAAAAUGGGUUUUGAAAUGGAAAAAAGACCGUACUAGUUUUACCCAGCUAAAUAGCAACAUUAUUCCAGUGGUGCAUAUGCUUGUCAUCACGUAGUUGCAUUUGUGUCACACCUACUUUGUAUCAGUAUUUUCCACUCUCCAGACAUGCAGUAUCACAUGACUUAUAAGGGGUCUGAAAUUUACUUGCCAAAGGACCUCAUAUUCAUGUAAAUUGUCGUUCUUUAUAAAAUGUCUUCUGCCCCCUAGUGGUAGAGAUGUGAGACAGCACUCCAGAAUUGGUAGUAACAAGACUAAAGCUUGUAUAUUACUGUUUGAAAACAGAUCUAGCAGCACUAUCAUAUAAUAUUGGGCUUAAUGCACUGAUUACAUUACUGCUUUAAUUAUUUCUCAAAUAUUUCAUACUUCUUACAUUCCUUCAUUAAUAAUUCAAUGUGAAGAUAGAUUAAAGGAACAAUAUUGUUGUACACAAUUAUAAAGCAUUGUUAAAUUAUGAACAAAAUUUAGAAAUGACAUUGAAUUAGCAUCAGGAUCCCCAGAGGUUUCAUGGUCAUGUGACCAUAAUAAAUCAUUCCUCCAGUAAUUGGGAUUGCAAUAUUAAAUGCGCAUUUUAGCUCACUCUGAGCUAUUAGAGGAAUCUUGUUUGACUAACAAGCAUAGUAUCCAUGCUAUACUGGUAACAGUUACAAAACUUUGAUGGAAUCCACAAUGUCUAAUUAUAUUUUAAAUGUGUUGGGCAACGAGUUUUACACUAGAAGUUUGUCACACACAAAAAACAACAAAGGGGUUGAAAGAGAAGCAGGCCAGUUCUCUUUUUUUGCACUUAUUCUUCAUUAUAGCUUACUAUAUCUAAAUAAUUUUAGCGCCACCGUAUUCCCAUCUAAAGGGUAUUUUUAUACCAUUAAAAUUAAUAUUAUGGAGUGGUAGUAAAAAUAUGAUGUUAAAAAUGAGGUUAUGAUUUUAGUCCCAUAAAUAACUCUACAUCAUGUGAAUCCAGUAAUGUCUUACUAAAUCAUAAAGAGGGAGUACAUGUUACAUCUUUGGCUGGUUUGAUAUUUUAAGAACAUUCUAUUGUAUUGGAUUAAUUAGUAUCUUGCAUUCCAUUAAAAUACACUCAAAUUGAAAAAGGGAAUUUGUUUAAAGUAUCAAUGUAGGUGUAGAUAGUUCUCAUAAAUACAUGCAGAUCAUACAAUAUUGGACUGAGUACAGCAGUUCAUUAUACAGAUAUAUAUUUUUCACAACCUCAUUCAUAUAUUACAAGGCAUUGUUAAAUAUGUGUAGCAAAACUUAAUUUUUUUAAGUUGACUCAAAAAUAUUAAAUACACCCUCUAUCCUAAAACAAAAGUUCCUUAAAGAGAAAAUACUGUUAUAUAAUUUUAUUUUGUUUUUUAAAUAUUUUUUUAUUGCUAUUGUUGCUUUUCAUGAUAGUCUUUGCUAACAUUUACAUAUACAAACCAAAAUAUUGAAUAGAUAUAAAUGUGUGUGUAUAUAUAUGAACAUAUCUAUAUAUGAAUAUAGGAAUAUGAUAAUGUAUAUAUAUUUGUUAGAAAAUGCACUAUUAGGUAAUAGCUUGAUUUCAUUUGUGAUUGAGACAUUGAGAAGAAAGUAAGUUUUGUUUUUCCCUUUUAUUAGAAGUAAUACAUUUUUUAGUCAAGGAGAAUAAUAUUACUUCUCAUAUAUACUAUUAAAAGACUACAUUACAGUGUUUUGUGUCUAUAUGGUAUUUUUUUGUGUGUGUAUAAAUACUUUCAACUCAAAUGUAUGCAAAUAAAAACCUUUUUUUUUUUUUUUAAUGAUGUAUGAACAUUCAGAUAUUGAUAUUUUAUUUGUUUAAAACUCUGCAUCACUCCUUGAAGGAAUAGUCUAGUCAAAAUUAAAGGGACAGUCAACAUCAGAAUUUGUGUUGUUUAAAAAGAUAGAUAAUCCCUUUAUUACCCAUUCCCCAGUUUUGCAUAACCAACACAGUUAUAAUAAUACACGUUUUACCUCUGCAAUUACCUUGUAUCUAAGCCUCUGCAAACUGCCCCCUUAUUUCAGUUCUUUUGACAGACUUGCAUUUUAGCCAAUCAGUGCUCACUCCUAGGAGCUUCACGUGCUUGAACUCAAUGUUAUCUAUUUGAAACACAUGAACUAACGCCUCUAGUGGUAAAACAUUUUCAAAAUGCUUUCAGAUUAGAGGCGGCCUUCAAGGUCUAAGAAAUUAGCAUAUGAAACUCCUAGGUUUAGCUUUCAACUAAGAAUACCAAGAGAACAAAGCAAAAUUGGUGAUAAAAGUAAAUUGGAAAGUUGUUUAAAAUUGCAUGCCCUAUUUAAAUGACAAAAUAUUUUUUUUAACUUGACUGUCCCUUUAAACUUUCAUGAUUCAGAAAGAGCAUGCAAUUUUAAGCAACUUUCUCAUUUACUCCUAUUAUCAAUUUUUCUUUGUUCUCUUGGUAUCUUUAUUUGAAUGUAAGCUUAUGAGCCGGCCCAUUUUUGUUUCAGCUCCUAGGUAGCGCUCGCUGAAGAAAAAUUAGAAGGUUGCUUAAAAUUGCAUGCUCUAUAUAAAUCAUGAAAGUUUAAUUUUGACUAGACUAUUCCUUUAAUAUUGUAAUUAAGCAAGACAGAAGUUGCUAGUUAUGCCAUAUCACAAUGAUCAAAAUAUAAGGGACCAUUUUCAAUAAUAAGUAUUUGAUUAAAUAGGGUGGUACAAAAUAAUUUGAAAAACAAAAUAAUUAGAAAAACAUAAAACUAUUUCCCCCCAAAAAAUAAUUAAUUUGAAGAAUGGCUUUGAAUUUGAAAACAGAGUAUUGCACUGUGUUAAUCCUUGUAAAACGAAAAUACUAUUUGAAUUGAGACUGAUCUUACAUGCUGAAGCAUUAAAUAAGGGGUAGACUUUUUGAGAAUGUGUGCCCAAAUUGAUGAUGAUCCUAAAAAUCUCCUGAGUGCCCAUGGUAUAAUUUGAAAUUUUUUAAAGGACAUUAAAGAAAUAUUCAAAUUAAUUUCUUUUAAAUCCAUAAUAUAUAUCAACAGUUAAAGCUUAUUUUGCUGAUUUGUAGCUCAAAUUCAUAAGAAAAUCAUUUAUUUAAAUCUCCAGUUACCAAGCAGUAUAGUUGUAGGUAGGGAUGGGCAAAUGUUUUGCAACAUUCAAAAAAUUAAACUAAUUUUCAACACAUCAGUUUGUUCAUUUAGAAUUUUUAAUGUUUGUACAACAUUCUAAAAUUUGUUAAAUGUAAUAGUAUUUCUAAUGCUAUCUUUAAUUGUAAUAUUCUAUUCAUUUUUUUCUAAUAAUUUAAUUUAAAUUAUGCAAUAUUUAAAUUUGAAAAAUUUAAAUCAACCUAUUUGUAUCUAUUAUGUAUAAUAUUUUUCUAAAUUUCCUACUGCAUGAACUAUUGAACUUCGGAAUAGUAUUUGUUAAAUCAAAUGUUACCUUUACAAUUUUGACUGUGGAUGUUUGAUCUAAUUAUGAACAUUCGAAAACCGAAAAUAACAUUUGAUUACAGAAUUUUAAUGGAUUUUCCUUCUUAUCAACAUUCGAUUCUCCAAAACGUAUGUCCGUAGGACUAUUCGUUCUACCAAACGAAUUGUACUUUCACCACAUUCGCCCAUCCCUAGUUGUAGGCCAGAAGCAGAGGACUAGAAAAUAUAUAAUGAGGAGUGGAUAAAUGAACCACAACUAAAUCACAGGUUAAAUAAGUUUAUCCAAAAAUAAAUAAGAUAACCUUAUAAAAACUUAUGCUAAUCAUUCCAAUGUAAAAUUUAUAUAAAAUUAUUUUUGUAUUUUUCUGUACCUUGUAUCAAAGUAAAAAGACCAUAGCAGAACACUAUUAAAUAAAGUACAAACUGAAUAUUUCCAGUGAGCUUACUCACAUUUUAUUGUCUUUGUUUAUUUUUAUAAAAUGAAAUAACAUUAUCACAUUUAUUUUUGGAUACAUUUAUUAUGAGGGCCACCUUGGACACUUAUGCCAUAGUUUAACUUUCCCCGCAUUAAUUAUUUGCAUAAAUUCAUCUAAAUCAUACCUAUGCCAAUGGAGCAAUCGGUUAUUGAUCAGUUGCAUAAUCAAAUAUGGACUCUCUCUGCAGAAAAGGGAAUAUUGGACAGCGCACAAAAGAAAAUGAUCAACCAGGGAUUCCAGCAACAUACUAAGAAUGAGAGUGAUAUUCAAAUUGUCUAUAUGAAAAAUCUGUAAUGUGGAACUGAAGAUAUGUCCAGAUGUUUGUUUAAUGUCUAUAAAAAUAGUGUAUGGAGAAUCUAUUUACUCUUGCCUAGAAAAAAAAAUGUAAUACAUGGCUUUGACUGGUGUUCUGUUUGUGGAAAACAAUCCCUAGUGAAAAUGGAUGAUCUACCUUGAGUCAUUCUGACGCAAUUGAUGACUCCAGACUAGUCAUCAGAAACCACCCUGAAGUAUGCCCACAGGCCAAAAUAUUUAAAUGAGAUGACUAGAGUCAUUCACUGGCUGUUCAUGCUGGUGAAGUAAUCAGCUAAUCAUUCUGAAGUCAUUGUCCAGAUUUUUUUACCUUAGCUGAUGACUUUACAAGCCUGAUAUUGUCUGAUGAUGUGCAAAUGACUUUUAAAGUAGUUUGAUUAUCAACAAAUGACUCCAGGAUGGUCUGUUUGUCUUGGGAAUGAUUCUCCAAACAUAUACAAUGUUAAAUUUGAGUUUCAUAUGAAGCUAUGAUAUUUUGGUAGUAUUUAUGCAAAAGAACAACGCUUCUAUGACCUAGUGCACAAAAGUACUGCCAAUGUGAUACACAGGGUUGAUUUUUAUGGGUUUUAUGAGGUGCAAAUGCAGCUUCAUGCAUUGGCAUUAUAUGCCAUUGUAAUUAUGAUAAACAAUUACUAAUGUAUUUUGCACCAUAAUAUACUAAUUUUGCUACUUUGAUUGUAAUGAAAGGAAUAUGUCAAGUGCCUUUUAUAUUGGCCAAGAUGUAAAUAUAACACUAUUAGAAAAGUACAGAAUUGUUUUAGCAAUAUGUAAAAGGCUACUAAAUAAAGAUUCUUUUCUUUUUAUCUCA